CCACAAGACACAGCCAUGGCCCUUAGAGCAGUCGCCCUGCUAGGUCUCCCUGCUCCACUUCUGCUGCUCUCACCCCCUCAGCCGCCCAAACAGCGGCCUCAACAAGUGCCGCUCCUGCGCCAAGUCACUCCCGGCCCUGGAGGGGGCUGGGACAACCUGAGGAACGUGAACAUGGGCCGGGUCAUGAACUUCACCUUUUCCCUGUGCCAUACCACGGAGGAUGGCCUCUACCUCGUCCCAGACGAGGUCUUCGUCAUCCCCCAGAAGGUGACGCGAGUGGAGACCAACUCUGAGAUCAUCAGUUCCUGGCUGGAUCAGACCCUGCUCCACUUCUGCCGCCCUCAUCCCGUCGGCAGUCCAGACAGCAGCCUCAACAAGUGCCGCUCCGCCGCCAAGUCACUCUCAGCCCUGGAGGUGCUGCCUGGAGGGGGCUGGGACAACCUGAGGAACAUGGACAUGGGCUGGGUCAUGAACCUCAGCUUCUCCCUGUGCCUCACCACGGUGGAUGGCCUCUACCUCGUCCCAGACAAAGUCUUUGUCAUCCCCCAGAAGGUGACGGGAGUGGAGACCAACUCUGAGAUCAUCAGUUCCUGGCUGGAUCAGAAAAGCGCCACAUCUUCGUCCAUCAACGCAGACAUCUCUUUCUUCUCUGUCUUAAACGCAAAGUUUUCCACUGAGAACCAGAGGAUGAAGACGCAUCAAGUCAGAGAUACCUCCGUCACCACCAGAGUUCAGGUGCGCAACUUCCUCUAUACCGUCAAGGCGAAUCCUGACUUCACCUUGGACUCAAGUUUCGCACGGCAAGCGGAGGAAAUCGCAGACGCCAUCGAAAACAACCAGACCCAACAUGCCUCCUACCUCUCUGAGAGGAUGGUCCUGGACUUUGGCACCCAUGUGAUCACCAGUGUUGAUGCAGGGGCCUCCUUGGUGCAGGAGGACUAUCUGCGAUCCUCUUAUGUGUCUGACGGUAAAACGGACAAGUCCUCCAUCACGGCAUCCGCAGGCAUCAACUUCUUCAACAAGGUGAACUUUAACAUCAGCAGCAAAGACGCCCAUGAGACGUCAGAAACCAAGGGUUACCAGGACAACGUCACCUACUCGAUCGUACAGAGCCACGGAGGAGUGCCCUUCUACCCUGGCAUCACCCUGCAGAAGUGGCAGGAGAGCACCUCAAACAACCUGGUGGCCAUCGACCUGUCAGGCCUGCCGCUUCACCACUUCAUAAACCACAACACCUUCCCUGACCUUCCAUGCCCCACUGUUGACAAGCUUGCACUGUCGGUGAGCCACGCCAUAAGACGCUACUAUGCUAUCAACACCCACCCAGGAUGUGUGAAAGCAAAUUCUAAGAACUUCAACUUCCAGGCCAACGUAGACGAUGGAUCCUGUGUUGGCCCUGCCACCAACAUCAGUUUCGGAGGAGUGUUCCAGCAGUGUACCAAGCUCACCCCCGAUGCAGACCCGAUAUGUCAGGCCUGGGACCAGAAGAACCCAGAUACAGGGAACUAUUCCUGCCGCCCACCCUACCAACCCACCCUGCUACGCUCUGAGGUCAGAGAAGAGCGCUACAGCCAGUAUGUCUGCCAUUCUUGUGGGUUCUUGGGGCUCAAGCAGUGCUGUGGAGAUGAGUACCAUGUCCGAUCGGCUCGAAUCCAAACCUACUCGUGCUCCUCCACUGAGAAGAUCUCAGAUAACUCAGGUUAUCUCUUUGGGGGCCUCUACGGUCCCUCCCUCCAGAAUCCUUUAACCAAGUCCAGCAGCUGCCCUCCAAACUUCAUCCCACUGAAGAUGCUUUCCGGCGGCCUGAUGAUCUGUGUGAGUAAUGACUACGAGACUGGCUCCCGGUUCUCCGUGCCCUUCGGCGGUCUGUUCAGCUGCAAGUCCACCAACCCCCUGGCUGGGGGCCAGCCUCGCUGCCCUCCCCAGUUCAGCCAGCACCUCGCUACCGUCAGUGACGGCUGUCAGAUCCUCUACUGUGUCCAGUCUGGUCUGUUCACAGGUGGGCAGCUGCUGCCGGUCCGUCUGCCACCCUUCACCCGUCCUCCGCUGGUCAGCAUGUCGGCCAACAACACAGUGGCAGUGAUGACCGAGGGAGGCCGAGUCUGGGUCAGAGAUGCACAGACCACGAUGUGGAAGAUGGUCAAACCAGAGGAGGUCCAGAAAAUGGUCAGGAUGUUCAACCCAGAGUCAGACCAGCUGUCAGGGGGACAGAAGUUUGGCGUGGCCUUCGGAGUCAUCGUUCUGGUGGUGUUGGUGGUUGUUGUGGUGGUGCUGGUUAGGAGGAGGUGGAGGGGGCUUCCAGGGCUAAUGAGGGCCAGAGGUCAUGAGGAGUUCUUCAAUGAAGUUCAGAGUACAAGAGCAGAAGAUUCUGCUGGGGAGCAAACUUCAACCAACCAGGUUUAAUAAUACAUAAUCACCGUGAUAGACCAUAGAUUAGCAUAGUCUGGAUAAAGUGUGAUUUCAAAACGAAACUUGUAUACACCAGAUCUGUCAAAGACAACAAUGUUGUCUUUCCCUCUAAUUCAAUAUAAAUAUUACAUUUAUCGUCACACGUCACUACAGUUGCCAAUUUUCUUAUGUUUGUACAAUAGUUUUUGUGACUUUGUUAUUUUCUUAUGGUUACAUCUGUAACUGUUAAUUGGUGACGUGUGACUUAAUAAAAUCAGACAAAUCAAACAGAACGCUCAUCUCUGUUUUUCGCUAAAUAAAGCCUAUUUUUCCUUCAAUGUAAUACUGCCAUCCUCUGGUUCUUA